AUGAUAAAUGGAUCCCUAAUUUAUUCACAUUAUAAAGUUGAAUGGAAAUCAAAAAUUUAUUGUUAUAUAGUUUUUAAUAUUAUAGGUAUGAUAAUUAUAAAAUGUUAUAGAUAUUUCUUUUAUUAUUUUCAUUUUAUAGAUAGGAUAAAGUGAGAAUAUUAUAAUGGUUAUUAUUGAGGAUUACUUUUAAGGAAAUACUAUUCUAGGAAUGAAUUAUAUUAAUAGGAAUUAAUAUUUUAAGCAGGAGCAUUAUUAUUUGAAUAUCAUCCCUGUAUCGAAUAAAUACUUGCAAUAGUAGAGACAAUAGAUGAUGGUACAAAUGAAUAGAUGUUACUUUUACUGAGCGAAGCUGAAAAUGAAAUUUCUCAUUAUGCUGAAUUUUAAUCACUACUUAGUGACAUAAAAGUUUUUGAGGAAAAUCAAAAGAUAAUAAUAGAAUAAACUUUAACUGAUAAACCUUAAUAGUUAGCCUAAACAACAGUGUUUAUAGCAUUCCUUUUGCUCUUGAAUUCUAAAGGUAGGAAAUAUUAGUAUUAUAUCAGAUUAAAAGAGGUUGUUGAAUUAAAGAAUAUGUUAAGGAUUAACAUUAACAACAGAGAAAUACUUGAUUAAUUAAUUAACAGGAAUCAAAGUUGAAAAUACAAUUAGAUUUUAUAGAAAAGUGGAAUACUUAGUAAUAAAUAAUAAUGGAGAUAGAAAAUGA